AUCCUCAAACCAUGGCCCCCUGGCUACUACCUGACUACCUGCCUACCCAACUACUACCCAAGUUACCCUUAUUACCUGACUGCCUAGUACCUACUACCCCUCCUGUUCCCCCCAGAUAUUCAUCUUCAGCCUCCUACGGUUGCUCCCUACCCACUAAACCCCCCGUCAUUCUUCUUUUAUCGCCUCGGCUCUCCCGUUUCCCCUUCCCUAUCCUAUCAUCAUAUCCUAUCCUUCCUUUGAUUUGCUUUGUCCUGCCUUGUCAUGAUUCCUUUGUUCGUCCUAGUCCUACCACCAUCAUAACCGUCUCCCCUAGCCCCGGGUCGACCAACGUUCAUCUAGUGUCCCAUAUUGAACCCACUUCCUAAUUCGGAUCAUCACAUGAUCAUCACUUUCUCCUGCUAACAUUAACUGUUAUGUUGAAGGUCGAAAUCCCAUC